UCACAUUCCCUAACAAAUAAAUCUUAUUUUCAUUUGUUAAAAGAAGGUUAAUGGAAGAUUUACCUAUAAGAACAAAUUCAACGAUUUCACAAAAUGAUUUUAAAGAAACAACGGCAAUACUUCGAUUUGAAGUACCUUUAAAAAAAGGCCAAGGAAAUAACGUAAUAUAUUUUCCUGACUUAAUUAAUCCUCCAAAAGAAACAACAAAUGAUCAAAAAAUCAUUAAUACGAAUGAUUUUUCAUCAGAUCAACAACAUUUAGAUGAUGAAAUGGCUUUAGAAAAUUUUGUAGUAUCAGAAACUGCAGAUUUUUUAGAACAUAUGGCUAUUGAAAAACGUCCUGAACCGAAGUUUUACGCGAUUUCAAGAAAAAAUACUAUUCCCGGAUUUUUUGGUGCUGGAACGAAUACAAAUCCACCUGAAAAUAUUCUUCAAUUUUUUAAAAAUGAACAAUCAAAUAAUAAUAUGACUACUUCCACUUCUAUUAUUACUGGAACAACUGAAAAUAAUGAAAACAAAAUUAUAAAUAAACAAAUUAAAAGAACAAGAAAGAAUGCUACAACAAAAUCAAAGGGCAAAAAGACUAAUAAGCAAGAAGAAAAAUUAGCGGUAGUUAAUGAAACAGUUGUUAGCAGCGGUACAUCGUCAUCAAAAAAAACAAAGAGAGAACCACCUCAACAAUCAGAAACAAAAACGAAAAAACAAAAGACUAAAGCUAAUGAAGGGAAUAAAACAAUUAUCAAGGAAGUUCAAAAAUUGUUAGAAAAGCGUAAACGUCGUAAAGAAAAAAAAAUGAUUAAAGAUGGUCCUACAAAUAAUGUAACAAAUAGUUCUUCAAAGAAUCCAUCUCCCGUAACAAAACCACUAAUAUCUGUAAAGAAUGUUGAAGAUUCUCCAUCAUCAUCAUCGUCUCCCGAUUCGUCCCCCAAAAGAAAAGGCCUGUCUGAAGUUCGUUCGCGAAGUUCUUCUACUUCAUCUACAGUAACUUCUACAAAAGCGAACAAAGUGAAUGCCAAAUCAAAUUCAAAAGUUAAUAAUCCAAAUAACUAUAAUGCAGAGAGUUCUUCUACAGCAACGACAAUAACUUCCGAUUCUACUACUCCAUGAUAUCAUUGCAUUCUUAUAUUUAUCAGUUUAAAUUAAUUUCUUUGCAAAGAAUUUUUGUUUCGAAUUUUCUUUUAUGUAUAUAGUAAAAUGCCUUGUAAUAUAAAUAUCUAUAAUUUAAUUAUAGAAAUCUAAAUACAAGAAGAUUACUUUAAUCUCUCGUUAUUUAUUCAU